CCGGUGCGGGUCGCGCGCGAGCGCAGCGGUGGGAGGCGGCGACGAGCCGGUGAGUGCAGGCAGCGGGUGACCUGCUGGCCUCGGGCGGACGUCAGCCCAGCUUCGCCCUUGCCUCGGCUUCUCCGCGGUCUGCUGUGAGACUCUGCUCGACCCGGGCCCCGAGGGCCGCCCGCCCCGCACCCCUUCGGCCUGCCGUGCCUCAGGCCGCGCCCUGCCUCCGCCGUCGGCCAGAACUCGCCGCGUCGGACCCUGCCGCUUGCCACAGGUUGAGGCCCCAGCCUUGGCCUCACCACAAUGUGGCACGAGGCUCGGAAACAUGAGCGGAAACUUCGAGGCAUGAUGGUCGACUACAAAAAGAGGGCAGAGCGGCGCAGGGAGUACUAUGAAAAGAUCAAGAAGGACCCAGCCCAGUUCCUGCAGGUGCACGGUCGAGCUUGCAAGGUGCACCUGGAUUCUGCAGUUGCCCUGGCCGCGGAGAGCCCCGUUAACAUGAUGCCCUGGCAAGGGGACACCAACAACAUGAUUGACCGCUUUGACGUCCGCGCCCACCUGGACCACAUCCCCGACUACACUCCCCCGCUGCUCACCACCAUCUCCCCAGAACAGGAGUCGGAUGAGCGGAAAUGUAACUACGAGCGCUACCGAGGCCUAGUGCAGAACGACUUUGCCGGCAUCUCCGAGGAACAGUGCCUGUACCAGAUCUACAUCGACGAGCUGUACGGAGGCCUCCAGAGACCCAGUGAGGAUGAGAAGAAGAAGCUGGCAGAGAAGAAGGCAUCCAUUGGCUACACCUACGAGGACAGCACAGUGGCCGAGGUGGAGAAGGUGACAGAGAAGCCGGAGGAGGAGGAGUCCCCGGCCGAGGAGGAGAGCAACUCGGAUGAAGAUGAGGUCAUCCCCGACAUCGACGUGGAGGUGGAUGUGGACGAACUGAACCAGGAGCAGGUGGCAGAUCUCAACAAACAGGCCACGACCUAUGGCAUGGCCGAUGGUGACUUCGUCAGGAUGCUCCGGAAAGACAAGGAGGAGGCGGAGGCCAUCAAACACGCCAAGGCCCUUGAGGAGGAGAAGGCCAUGUACUCGGGCCGUCGCUCCCGGCGCCAGAGGAGGGAGUUCCGGGAGAAGCGGCUGAGGGGCCGCAAGAUCAGCCCCCCCAGCUAUGCACGCCGAGACAGCCCCACCUAUGACCCCUAUAAGCGGUCGCCCUCGGAGUCCAGUUCCGAAUCCCGCUCCCGUUCCCGCUCCCCGACCCCCGGCCGGGAGGAGAAGAUCACGUUCAUCACCAGUUUCGGGGGCAGUGAUGAGGAGGCGGCCGCAGCCGCAGCUGCAGCAGCUGCAUCAGGGGCUGCCACAGGGAAGCCCCCGGCGCCUCCCCAGCCCGGCGGCCCCGCACCGGGACGUAAUGCCAGUGCCCGGUCUGUAACGCUCACGCUGCCCGCCCUACACCCCAGGCACCGUGGGGGGGACUCGGGGCAGCGGGGGGCCACGGCCCGGGCUGGCGCUGACCGCCCCCCAUGCCCACCUGCAGCCGCCGCUCCUCCACCUCCUCCUCCUCCUCCUCCGCCUCGAGGACCUCCAGUUCCCGCUCCCGCUCCAGCUCCAGCUCCCGCUCCCGCCGCGGCGGGGGCUACUACCGCUCCGGCCGCCACGCCCGCUCUCGCUCCCGGUCCUGGUCGCGCUCCCGGUCCCGCUCCCGGCGCUAUUCUCGCUCUCGCAGCCGUGGCCGGCGGCACUCAGGUGGGGGCUCCCGAGACGGACACCGCUACUCCCGCUCGCCGGCCCGGCGCGGCGGUUAUGGACCCCGGCGCAGAAGCAGGUGCGUGGGGCAGGGGCCCCAUCUGGGUGAGACCCAGGCUCUGUGAGGGAGCUGUGGGGUUGGUGGGAUGGUGGUCAUCCCAGGUGUGGUGCCAGUGGGUGGGAGACUAGACUAUGCUUGUUCCAGGGGCUCCCUGGGUGUUUACAGCAGCUGCCUCGUAGGACCAAGGUGCCCCGAGGGGAGGGCAGGGUGUGAUGUAAGCACUUCUGGUGGGGCAGGAAUACCGUCCUGGGAGACAGGAGGAUCCCUCCUGCCCUUUCCCGGGGGUCAGGGCUGCCUAUGGAGGGACAGCACGACCUGCUGGGUGAGAGUGGGACUUCAAAGCAGCCGGCCGGGUGAGGAGUCUGGCCCUACUGCUGAGCUGUUGGGGCCUCUUCAUCUGUAGAAGAAAUAGAAUCAUUACAUCUCCUCCAUUGAGUGCAAAGUUGUGACAAAUUCUACUUGAGUGUUUGGUUCAGAGCCUAGCACUUGAUGAGUGCUCUUGUUGUCAACAGCGUUAUUACCUGUGUUAUUGUUGUGGGGAUCUCAGUGUCAGCUACCCACGAGAUCUGGCAGGUAAAAUCGAGGCACCCCGUGGGCCUGGUGACCUGGGAGCACACUUCCCCUCUGCUGGGGUUGUAGGCUACUCAGUGGCGGGUGUGGCUUGCCCAGUUUUUUGAUUUUUCCAGAGAAACUGAGUUGGAUGUUUAAAAGACAGCUCUUGUUUUCUCGAUAUUGCUGACAAAACCCGGGACAGUUCCCCAGAGUCUGUGUGAUGUUGGUUUGGCAUCCAGAUCAUUGCCUGGAGCCUGCCCCAGGGCAAUGGCAGGAGACAGGCUAGGGGUCAGAGGGGGGCCUGGUCACCCUGAGGAGGGGCCCUUGCUGAGGAGUCCCCACGUCUUAAGCAGAGAGAGGAUGGGGCUUACAUAUUCCCAGACUGGAUUCUGUGGGUCUGGGUCGCAGGCUUGUGGGGAGAAUUGAGGGGUCGUCCCCACUGGUGGUGAGACCCUAGGCCUGGCAAGGUGAGGAGGUGAGCAUCCAAGGGGGGUCACCAGGCAAGUCCUGCCCUCCCAGAGAUCACCUCGCAGGGAAAUGGGCACACAUGUGUCUAGUGAGACAUGAAGAGCUGUUCUAGGCCAGUGUGUUGAGGACAGUCUCUGUUUAGAGACCAGGGAGGCCAGGGAGGAUGUCUGAGGAAAGCAGCGGGAGGAACUUGGAGACAGACCACAGGGCCUCUUGGAGGCAUGUAGAUUCAGUGCCAGGGUGGGGGCGGCGCUCAGAGGGGUUCCCUGGAGUCUCACGGCCUCCCUCCUGCUCUGCGGCGCCCCCAGGAGCCGCUCCCGCUCCGGGGACCGGUACCGGCGGGGCGGCCGGGGCCCCCGGCACCAUAGCAGCAGCCGCAGCAGCUGGUCCCUCAGCCCAUCCCGAAGUCGCAGCCUGAC